GGCCCCAGAUUAUUGAUUUUUCAACUGUCUUCCCUUCUCUUUUAUUGUUGUUGUUAUCAUUGGAUAAUCAUAUAUUCCAUUCCAAUAUCAGAAAACACUAUUUACAGUAACUUGAGCUUGGCAAGUUGAGUAGCUCAUUUAUGAUAAAUGAAUAUUACAAAGCUUUUAUUGGUGAAGACAGCUGAUUUAAACAGAUUACAUUAUUUUUGAGCUGAAUUCAAUUAGUUCUUGUAAAAUCUUAGAACAGAGUUGUUAGUGGUGGAAUGAUGCUCCUAAGAAUUUCGCUAUCUCUAGUAUUCAUUUGCAUCCAUGUUUGGGGUACAACAGCACAGACUAACGAAGAUGGUGUUGCUUUAAAGGCCCUCAUUGAAGGCUGGAAGAAUUUACCAAAGAGCUGGACUGGUGAAGACCCUUGUGGCAGCAGAUGGGAAGGAAUUACGUGCAAUAAUUAUUCUCGUAUAAUUACCAUAACGUUAGCAAGUAUGGGUUUGACGGGUCAGCUCACUGAAGACCUAACAUCUUUGUCCGAACUUCAAACUCUCGAUCUGUCUUACAAUAAAGGCCUUACAGGUCCCCUUCCGUCUAAUAUUGGAGACCUGUCGAAGCUAACAAGCCUAAUCCUUGUUGGUUGUGGCUUUUCCGGGAGAAUUCCUGAUUCAGUGGGAUCGCUCAAUAAGCUUAUAUCUCUAUCACUGAAUUCAAAUAGCUUCAUCGGCCAAGUGCCAGCUUCUAUUGGUAACUUGAAACACUUGUAUUGGCUGGAUCUGUCUGAUAAUCAGCUCACUGGAAGCAUUCCUGUUUCUGAUGGAAGCAAACCUGGACUUGAUCUACUAGUUAACACAAAGCACUUUCACUUCGGAAUGAAUCAGCUCUCUGGAGAAAUCCCGCCAAGUCUUUUUAGUUCUGGCAUGAAACUGAUACAUGUGCUUUUUGACAACAAUAAACUCACAGGAAGACUUCCUUCAACAUUAGGUCUUGUACAAACAUUGACAGCAGUUCGCUUUGACAGGAAUUUCUUAAGUGGGGCUCUUCCAUCCAAUCUCAACAACCUUACUAAAGUUACCGAGCUGGUACUGUCCAACAAUAGACUAACUGGUCCUGUGCCUGAUCUUACCGGCAUGGACAUGCUUGUCUCUGUGGACUUGAGCAACAAUAAUUUUGAAGCUACAGAUGUUCCACUAUGGUUCUCGACCAUACAGACCUUGAAAACAGUAAAUAUGGAACGGACAGGAUUAGUAGGACAGCUUCCAGUCACAUUUUUCGACUUCCCUCAGUUACAGACUGCGAUAUUGAAAAACAAUCAGCUUAAUGGGACUUUAGAGAUUGACAGUGGAUAUAGCCGCUAUCUACAGCUCAUUGAUCUACAAAACAAUUCAAUCAGUAACGUCAAAGUGGAGUCUGGAUACAAUUACACUCUGAGGCUUGCUGAUAAUCCAUUCUGUCACAACGGUUUAGUAGCACUGUCUUCCUGCAACAAUAAUGGGCAAGAAAGUGGUUCUGAUGCCUCGUACAAAACACCAGUUUUCUGCGUUGUUCCCGAAUGUACUUCUGGCCAAAUGUCCAGCUCGACCUGCAAAUGUGCAUAUCCGUACACCGGAAUUAUGAUCGUCAGAGCUCCUUCCAUCUCAGCCUUGGGAAACGAAAAAUACUACACAGCCCUUCAGACAACUCUUAUUGGAACUUUUGUGAAUUUAUCACUUCCUGUGGAAGCCGUCUCAGUAAAUAAUGUAUCUAUGAACGCAUUCGGUUACCUUUCGAUGCAUUUAGCUUUCUUUCCUGCUAACCAAGAUCAUUUCAACAGAACUGCAAUUUCAAUGAUUGGGUUUGUGUUAAGCAAUCAGACUUACCAGCCACCUCCAGAGUUUAAACCGUACGUUUUUGAAGCAGAAGGUUACACUCACUUUGAAGGAAAACAUAAUACAUCUCACACAGGUGCCAUUAUUGGUGCCAUCAUAGGAAUUUCCAUUCUGGUGUUGCUGUUAGUAUGUGCUGGAGGUUAUGCAUAUCAUCAAAAGAAGAGAGUAGUAAAGGCGAAGCAGCAGGCGAAUCCAUUUGUGUCAUGGGAUUCCCAAGGAACUAGUGGUGAUGUUCCUCAGCUAAAAGGAGCCAGGUUUUUCACAUUUAAUGAAGUGCAGAAAUGUACCAACAAUUUUUCUGAAGCCAAUCAUGUCGGUUCUGGUGGUUAUGGAAAGGUUUACAGAGGAGUUCUAGGUGAUGGGAUGAUUGUUGCUAUAAAACGAUCGCAGCAAGGAUCAAUGCAGGGUAGUCGAGAAUUCAAAAAUGAGAUUGAGCUUCUAUCAAGGAUCCAUCAUAAGAAUCUUGUGAAACUCAUAGGAUUUUGCUUUGAUCGUGGAGAACAAAUGUUGGUCUAUGAGUUCAUUCCAAAUGGUACACUAAUGGAUAGUCUUUUAGGAAAGUCUGGUAUUCAACUAGAUUGGAUAAGACGAAUGAAAGUAGCCCUUGGCUCAGCUCGUGGUUUGCAAUAUUUGCAUCAGCUUGCUGAUCCACCAAUCAUACACAGGGAUAUUAAGUCAAACAACAUUUUGCUUGAUGAGUGCCUUAAUGCUAAAGUUGCUGAUUUUGGCCUUUCCAGGCUCUUUGGUGACACUGACAAGGGUUAUGUUACGACUCAAGUCAAAGGAACUAUGGGUUACUUAGAUCCUGAAUAUUUCAUGACAAAUCAGCUGACUGAGAAAAGUGACAUAUUUAGUUUUGGUGUGGUUUUGCUGGAAAUCCUGACUGCAAGAAAACCAAUACAACUAGGGAAAUUCAUUGUUAAACAGAUAAAAGAAACAGUAGACACAACAAAAGAUCUAUAUAAUCUUGGUGAGAUGAUGGACCCAAUGCUUCUUUCAUCUUCAACAAUGCUAGUUGGUUUCGAAAAGUUUGUGGAUUUGACAUUGAAAUGUGUUGAAGAAUUCGGAGCUGAUAGACCUUCAACAGGUGAAGUGGUGAAAGAACUCGAGAACAUUAUGAAGUUGGCAGGUAUGAACCCAGAUGCUGAAUCUACAACAACUUCACAAACUUAUGAUGGAUCAAGUAGGCAGAGUUUUGGCCACCCUUACUCUGAUGAUUCACUUGUUCAGUAUAAUGAAGGCAUUCCUUUUAAAAAGAGUACUUCUAACUGACAAAAUUUGGUUAAAAAUCAAGAUUGAUCCAGUUGGUUGGAGGCUCUUCUUCCAUCCCUGUUAUAGGGGUUCGAUUCUUACCCCUUAUAGGAUGGGAUUGCCAAAUUUCCCUCCACCAUACAAUGUAAUCUUCAAUAUCUGGGAAAUACAUGUGAGGUUUAUAAUUACCUUUUUAUUACAUAGAGUGUAUGUUAUAUUGCAAAUGGUUAAGUUCACUGUAUACUUUGUAAAUGAGUCACUUGUGGUUGUUUGAGCUUUAUUGUACUAGAUUUACUAGUUAUUGAGCCUAUGUGAUGCAUGAAUUGUGUAGGGGUGUUAUUAUUUUUUUAAAUUAUGUAUUUAUUUAUUUUUAAUAAGGUAAGGAGAAACUUUGACAAGUCGGGGGGAAUGAAGGACAUCCUAACUUGUCAAGGGUCAGAAUCGAACCAUUAGGCUAUCCCUCACUUUCGUGUAAGAGUGUUAUUAUUUACCAUUUGUAUUUUACUAAAAUUGCCCAUAUUUUUAUAUGUAUUAUAUAUUUAUUUAUUUACUUA